AUGGCGGACGCCUUCGGUGCCGCCUUGGAGAGCGGCAGUCUGUCGGGGCUGGUCAAGGCGCUCGAUGCGGCAAUCGCAGCGUGCGGGGCGGACCCGGCUUCGGCGCCCAAGCGCGCGGCGCUCGCCUGCAACAAAGCGUGGUGUUUGUUGCGAUUACACUUGUGGAAUAAGGCGCUCGCUGAGGCCACCGCAGCGACGACGCUCGACUCCGGCCUGGUGCGCGCGCACGUCUGUCGAGCUGGCGCUCUCCGAGCGCUGAAGCGCGCCGAUGAGGCGGCAGCGGCGCUCAGCGCCGCGAGAGACGCCGCGACCCCGAUGACGGACGUCGAGACCGCGAUGCUCGUCCAGGCGAUGGUCAAGGACCCGACGCUGCUCCCGAUCCAGCGGAAGGAGCACGCGACGACGCAGGACCUCCCCGCGCGGCCCCAGCCCGCCCCGGCCCCCGCACACCCCCCUCCCGCCCAGCACACACGCGCCGCGAAGAGCCGCUCUCCGCGGCACCGCGACGUGUCGCCCCCCGCGGCGCGCAUCCGCGACGAAGGCGUCUGCGUCGCGUCCAGCGGCGCCGAGGACACGUCGGGCUUCCGCGGCCGCACACACCCGGGGGAGUCCUCCAACGCCCCCCACCGACACACCAACGGCGCGCGCGCGUCCCCCAGCGCCGCGACGCUCUCUCCGGCCAGCCCGUCGACGCGCAAGGGCGCGACCUCGCCCGGACACGGCAGCGACGCGCCGCACGGCGCCGCAGCCAAGGCCGCCGCCGCGAUGGGGGACCUGGCGCCGAAGCGCCUCGCCAUGCAACUGGACGAGGCCACGGCGCGCGAGAUCGUCGACCAGGCCGUGGUGUUCAUCAACCAGGGCGACUCGCCGUCGCUGGAGCGCGCGCGGGCGCUCCUGCGGCCCGUGACGGAGUCGACGGCGCCCGCGUUGCAGCGCAUGAGCGCUCACGUCGCGCUCGGCACCGCGCGGGCGCUCACGGGCGACCUCUCCGGCGCAGUAGAGGACUUCACAGCCGCGGUCAACCUCGAGCCGCGGUACUACGACACCUACAAGCGCCGGGCGCAGGCCCGCGCCGCGCUCGGCAAGCCCAAAGCCGCCAUUGAGGACCUGGAAGAGGCCCUGUCGUUGCUGGCGCGGGGGCUCGGGGGCGCGACGUCCGGCGCGCAGGUCCGGAAGGAGACGGCGGACGUGCAGCUCGAGCUGGCGCGGAUCUGCUACGCCACGCGCGACUACCGGCGCGCAGUAGCGUACGCGAAGCCGGCGUCGCUGCUGGACCCGUCGAGCGUGCCGCCGCUGCACGUGCUCGGCAUGGCGCAGGUGUCGCGCGGGGACCUGUACGAGGGCAUCGCGACGCUGCAGGCGUGCACCGAGCGCGACGCGGGGCUGCGCGAGGCGUGGCAGAUGCUGGGGUACGCGCAGAAGGAGCUGGGGCGCGUGCGGGACGCCGAGGUGUCGCUGCUGAAGGCCAUCUCGCUGGACAAGACCGGCAAGCAGGUCGUCCAGACCCUCCGGCAGCUGGCGCACAUGCGGCAGUGCCAGGGCAACCACCGCGGCGCCCUCCCGCUGCUCGACAAGGCCGUCACGCGCGCCAAGGAGCUCAUCCGCUCCGGCCACGCCCCGCACUCGCCUUCCAGCUCCGGCCCCGGCCCGUCCGCGACCACCGUGCGCGAAGCCCUCCUCGACGCCCUCCUCCUGCGCGCGGCGUGCCACCACGCGCUCGGGCAGUUCCGCGCCGCCGUGGAGGACUACGAGGCCGCGCAGCGCGCCGACUGCGGCCCCGAGGGGCGUCCGACGCAGUUCCUUGCGCACGCGCAGUGCGAGGUAUGUUUAUACCACUUCGCGAAGCUGGACGCGCACGUGGACACGUACAACCUCGACCGGGACCUCCCGCCGCUGCUCAAGGAGAACUGGUGCAAGAAGGGCCCGCCGACGCCGGCGCUCGCGGCGCUCGAGCAGCCCAGGAAGGGCCUGCGGGACCUGCGCGUCAAGGACGGGGACACCUGCCCCGGACUGUCGUCGAAAGUGAACGCGGAGGAGGGGCUGCGGCUGGUGAAGAUCGCCGAUCUCCUGGGCUCGCUCGUCCACAACACGCACUCGGGGUUCCUCGACAACGCCCGGCAGCAGCGCAUGGCGGGGCUCGGCGGGCUGCAGCUCGCGCAGCUGCUCGUCGCCGCGGCGGCCGAGCGCGGCGCCGGGCGCGCGCUGAAGGUCCCCGAGGCCGGCGCGAGCAGCGCGCCCGUGGGCCCGCGGCGCGCGGACACGAAGCGGCGGCUGCGGUGGCGCGACGCCGUCGACGUGCUGGUGAAGUGGCGGCAGAUCGCCGAGCCGAACGACCCCGUCGUUUGGGUCGAUCUGCUGACGCCGGAGGAGUUCGCUGCGGGGUUCGGGUCGCACACCCCCAUGUUUACUGGUCAGACCAAGUGCGUCAGGUAUUACAUGAACCACGACAGGUCCCUGGAGGUGUUUAAGAGCGUGAUGAGGGAGCAGGGGUACGUCACCGACGCGCAGAACCAGGAGGUCGCGAUCGCGGGGACGCCCGAGGCCGAGGCGCGUGGCGCGGCGGCGAUGGCGGCGGCGGACUGCGUUGCGCUGCGCAAGGCGCUAGGGACCGACUGCUGGGUGUGCGUGCCGAUCGAGAGCGUGCUCGAGCCUGGGGAGAAGCUCGAGGGCACGCGGCUGACCGUCGUCGCCCUGAAGGACUCCCCCGGGGGGGGUGUGGAGUUCUCGAUCCGCACCCCGGUGACUCCCCCCCGCUGGAAGAAGUUCGACGCCGAGCUCGACGCCCGCUUCGAGCGCAUCCUCGACGCGCUCGUCCCGGUCGUCGCCGCCGCGAGAGCCGACCCGCCGGCGCCGCCGACGCGCGAGCAAGCCACCGCCGUCGCGGAGGCCGCACUCUUGUUCGCGUACUACUGGUACAACCUCAUGCCGCUGUCGCGGGGCGGGGCGGUCAUCGGGUACACGUCCGUCCUGGCCGCCAUGCUGGCGGCGGGCGUGCCUGUCGAGAGCCGGAUCCCGCCGGACACGCAGGUGGACUGGGAGGCUAUUUUGGGGACGCAGCCUGCAGGGUUCGUCGCGGCGGUUCGCCCCUGGCUGUACCCGGACGCGAUCGUGCCUGACGAGGAGAGGCAUCCUGACCGGGCAGAGCUGCACGUGGGGGCCGCGGCGCAGGUCCUGCGCGGGCUUGACGUGUCGAGCCUCCCCGCGGUCGUGGACGCCUUCCCGACGUACCGCUCCCGCAUCCAGUGCCUGAGCUGCUCCCACGACAGGAAGCUCUGA